GCAGUCGGUUUUAGUAGAAUUAAGGAGGUUGUUCUGGGGCAGAACUCAUACGAAAUCAUAUUAAAUACGCCAUCAAUUUCAUUACAUCGUCAACCCCCUUGGUUUCGCGGUCCAUUUUUGUUUCUUCCACCAUUUUCCCAUCUGAUUUUCUCUUUUUAAUGUCUUGUAUUUUCAAUUUUCCCCAAUUCUAAUGAUCUUUCAGCCCCCAAUCUUUCAAAUUAUCAAACUUUUUGGUUAAUCCGUUCUAGGGUUUCUUUUAAAUUUAGGAAAGAUGCGUGUAGCAAGAUCUCAAGUAUGGCAACCUUGUAAAAAGAAAAGAUCUUGAUUUCAAUUCAAAAACCAAAAAAAAACAGAUUCUUUUUUGGGAAAAUGGAUGGUAUAUGUAUAUUUACUUUUGAUUGGGAAUAAAAAAGAUUAAAACUUUGUUAAAGAUAUUGGUGGGAUUCAGAGGAAUAUACUUGUAUAUUUUUGUAUACAAAGAUUAAUAAGAAAAGGGGUGGUUUGGUUUGGUGAUUAGGGUAGAAAUAUGGCUUCUUCAAGGCCUUCAAGAACAAGGGUUGGAAGAUAUGAACUCGGAAGGACUCUUGGUGAAGGGACUUUUGCAAAGGUUAAGUUUGCUAGAAAUGUUGAAACAGGUGAGAAUGUUGCUAUCAAGAUUCUUGAUAAAGAGAAAGUUCUUAAGCAUAAGAUGAUCACUCAGAUCAAACGAGAGAUUUCGACUAUGAAACUGAUUAGACACCCGAAUGUGAUUCGUAUGUUUGAGGUUAUGGCGAGCAAGACAAAAAUAUACAUUGUUUUGGAAUUUGUGACCGGUGGUGAACUAUUCGACAAAGUUGCAACUAGAGGCAGACUUAAAGAAGAUGAAGCAAGGAAAUAUUUUCAGCAGCUCAUUAAUGCAGUUGAUUACUGCCAUAGUCGGGGUGUUUUCCAUAGAGAUCUCAAGCCUGAAAAUUUACUAUUGGAUCAAAGUGGAUGUCUCAAGGUUUCUGAUUUUGGCUUGAGUGCACUGCCACAGCAAGUUCGAGAAGACGGACUACUACACACGACAUGCGGAACACCUAAUUAUGUUGCUCCCGAGGUAAUCAACAACAAGGGUUAUGAUGGAGCUAAGGCAGAUUUAUGGUCAUGUGGUGUAAUUCUUUUCGUUCUUAUGGCUGGAUAUCUUCCUUUUGAAGAUGCAAACCUUACGGUCCUAUACAAGAAGAUAUUUAAGGCUGACUUCACAUGUCCUCCAUGGUUCUCCUCAAGUGCAAAGAAGCUAAUUAAAAGGAUUCUGGAUCCUAAUCCCGUGACGCGAAUCACAACAGCCGAAGUCGUGGAAAAUGAAUGGUUUAAGAAAGGAUACGUGGCCCCUAAGUUUGAACAAGAGGAUGUUAGUCUAGCUGACGUAGAUGCUAUUUUCAAUGAAGCUGGGGAUGCUGCAGUUCUUGUUGUGGAGAAACGGGAUGAACGGCCCGCACAACCCGUCACUAUGAACGCUUUUGAGCUUAUUUCUAAAUCUCAGGGCCUAAAUCUCAGCUCUCUUUUUGAAAAACAGAUGGGGCUUGUGAAUCGUGAAACAAGAUUUACGUCAAAGUGUCCUGCCAAUGAGAUUAUUACAAAAAUAGAAGAAGCUGCUACACCUUUAGGAUUUGAUGUCAAGAAAAACAAUUACAAGCUGAAACUUCAAGGCGAAAAGACUGGACGUAAAGGCCACUUGUCUGUUGCAACAGAGAUUUUUGAAGUGGCACCUUCGUUGUACAUGGUUGAAGUCCGCAAAGCUGGAGGGGAUACUUUGGAAUUUCACAAGUUUUACAAGAAUCUUUCAACUGGAUUGAAAGAUAUCGUGUGGAGAACUGAAGAAGAAGCAAAUGGGAAUUUAACUGCAGGUGCUCCUGUGCUACCACCCCCUUCGUAAUCGGAUUUUGGAUGGUUAGUGGCAAAUCGAACAUGUUUCUCUUUUGUUUUCUUGUAUAAAAGAUUGAUCGUUCCCAAAUGUGGAUCUGUCUUGUUUGAUCCCUAUGUUAUAUCGCCAUAACUAAAAUGUUUAAACCAUAAACUCCGCAAUGUAAUAAUACUACAUUAUAGGUUGUUAUAGGUUGUUGUUUACGCUAUCAGAUUCGACUGUUUGCUCAUCAACAACAAUGCAAUAAAACAUUAGCCAUA